AUGGCCACCCAGCUGCUGACGGAGGAGGCCCCGGAAUCUGUGACCUUCAGGGAUGUGACUGUGGACUUCACCCAGGAGGAGUGGCAGCAGCUGGAACCUGCUCAGAAGGCCCUAUACAGGGAUGUGAUGAUGGAGAACUACAGGAACCUGGUCUCGCUGGAAGGAACAUGGAAACAGAGCGACUGCCGGGAGAGGCAGCCGGGAAGUGCAGACACCCAUUUGGAGUCACUGGAAAUUUCUCAUGACAACAAGCUCACUAGGGAAUUAGGUCCUGAUUAUAAUGCAUUUAAGGCUGCUGUUAACCAGAAUUCAACCUUGGUGCCACCAAGUCUGGAAGAUCCAACAGAAAUAAAGGCCCUUCCAAUUGCAAUGCAUGAAAAGCACUUCGCAAGCAACUCAGACAUAAAUAAACCCUUGAAACUCUAUGUAGAGAAGAAAUCUUACGAUUGUAGUGAGUGUGGCAAGGCUUUUAGCCGGAGCUCCUCCCUGAUAAAACACCAACGGAUUCAUACGGGAGAGAAACCAUUUGAGUGUAACAUCUGUGGGAAGCACUUCAUUGAACGCUCCUCCCUCACCAUUCACCAGAGAGUUCACACUGGAGAGAAACCCUACAAAUGCAACGAGUGUGGGAAAGCCUUCAGCCAGCGAACGAAUCUCAUUGUGCAUCAGAGGACUCACACUGGGGAGAAGCCGUAUGUGUGCAGCGUGUGUGGGAAAGCUUUCCGGAAGACCUCGUCCCUCACGCAGCACGAGAGAAUCCACACCGGAAAGAAACCCUACAUCUGUGGGGACUGUGGGAAAGCCUUCAGCCAGAACAUGCACCUCAUUGUACACCAGAGGACACAUACUGGAGAGAAACCCUAUGUGUGUAGUGAGUGUGGACGAGCCUUCAGCCAAAAUAUGCACCUGACUGAACAUCAGAGGACUCAUACUGGAGAGAAGCCCUACGAGUGUAAGGAGUGUGGGAAAGCCUUCAGUAAGAGCUCAUCCCUUACUCUCCACCAGAGAAAACACACUGGAGAGAAACCUUAUAUAUGCAAUGAGUGUGGGAAAGCCUUCAGCCAGAGUUCUUACCUCAUCCAGCACCAGAGAUUUCAUAUUGGGGUGAAACCCUUUGAAUGUAACGAGUGUGGGAAGGCAUUCAGCAAGAACUCAUCUCUCACUCAACACCAAAGGAUUCACACAGGAGAGAAACCCUACGAGUGCUACAUUUGCAAGAAGCACUUCACGGGACGCUCAUCUCUCAUUGUGCAUCAGAUUGUCCAUACUGGAGAGAAGCCCUACAAAUGCAACGAGUGUGGGAAAUCCUUCAGCCAGAGCGCAUACCUCAUUGAGCACCAGAGGAUCCACACCGGAGAAAAGCCCUACAAAUGCAACGAGUGUGGCAGGUCCUUCAUCAAGAACUCUUCACUUACAGUCCACCAGAGAAUCCACACAGGAGAGAAACCCUAUGAAUGCAGUGAAUGUGGGAAAACCUUCAGUCGGAACACUAACCUUACUCGGCACCUGAGGAUUCACACCUAG